UCCGUUGUUACACCAUCGACAGUAAAAAGAAGAAAAAGACUUCAUCCCUCAUUUUAUAUUUCCUAUGUAGCUAGCCAGGGGAUUUCCGUGAACAAAGCAGCCAAUCGUGUAGAUGUAAACACACUCAUUAUAGCACACGCGGCUGGUCGCUAUUCAAUUUGUCAGUGCAGUGAAAGACAAAUACAUUAGUCCCAUGGCAGAGCAACAAGCAAGAUAAAAUAAAAUUAAGUUGUAUUAUUAUUGAGUCGACUGGUUUCUGUUGCUAUCAGAUGGCGGUGGAAACUGUUCGUGAAGAGGACGUGCUAAAUGUGAUCUUGUGCCGAACCAGCGCAGGCGGGUGUCUUCAGGGUACUUACCGGAGAACAGAGCUACAGGUGUCAAUCAAGCUCCUGUCGUCUCGCACUGCAAGUCGAAGUGAGUGGAGUGAGUGGAUGGGAGACGUGGCUGUGGUCAGAAAAGUCCAUUCAGAGAGGGUUUUGGUUCCUCUGGGUGUGUACAAGGCCUGGUGUCUGAUGGGCCUGCUGUAUGACUGGAUGCCCGAGGGCUCUCUACACUCUCUACUAUACCAGACCCAGCUGUAUCCAGGUCUACCCAUGAGUUUCAGGCUUGGCAUCCUAUUAGAUGUGGCAGAGGGGUUGUGCCACCUCCACUGCAUACCACUCCCCCACCAGGCCCUGAAACCCACCAAUGUUCUCCUGGACCAGCAGUACCGGGCCAAGUUGAGUGACUGGGGCCUGCCCAGGGAGUGGAGGGUUGGCUCCUCUCUCUCUGCUGGAGAAGGGCCCUGCUUCAGGGACUUGGUGUACCUGUCUCCCGAGGCCCUGACAGGGACCACACCCUCUGUGGAGGCAGACAUGUACAGCUUUGGUGUGCUGCUGUGGGAGACUUUGAACAGAAGACAACCGUGUGGAGAUUUGCUCCAGCUGCUUUCAGGUGAGGAUGGGGUUGGUUCAGGCCUGGAGGGUGAGCUGCUACCCAAGAAUGUACCCCACUGCCAUACACUCUCCCGGCUGAUGACCAGCUGCUGGAGCACUAACCCACACAGCCGUCCAACAGCAGAGGACUGUGCACUGGAAUUGAGGAGCGCCAUAGCAACCUUUGAUCCUGAUGCAAUGACAAGGGCUACCCUCAGUGUGAGGGAAAGCAAGGAGAGGGCACUACAUGACUCUAAAAUCCAUCCUGUGAAGGAUAUUCCCAUUGAGAUAAACAACCUAGAGGCCUGCGCUGGUCCCGGAGACACUAAAUGUGUGGGCAACAAAACACUGCCCUUUCCACAGACUUCCUGUCCUAGUGAAACACUCCCUAGUCCCCCUACAGCCAUAUAUACAGGGGAAGCAUCCCAAAGGAGGCACUGUCAGGACUGUGUGACUGGCUGUGUGGUGUCUUCCACCAGUCCCAGCAGUGGCCUGGGUCCUGAGCAUCCCAGAGGGACGGGAGGCGUCGCCCAGAGACAGAGCCCACCACCCCCACUCUCCUCCAGUCCCUCCAAAGCCCUCAGACAGAGCCCUCUCAACCAGCCCACUGCCAGCUCCCAUACUGCACGGUGUGUGUCUCCGACUCCGAUGGCGGUGAGCUGUUGUCGUAUCCUGCGCGAGAGGCGUGAGGGCAUCAUUCGAGGCAUGACGGAGGGACGACUCAACAACCUAUUGGAUGUGCUCAUCUCACGGCGGGCCCUUCCCCUGGAGGCCUAUGAGGUCAUCUCUGCCUCUCUGACACUGACCGCUCGCACACGUUCCCUACUGGACACCUGUACCUGUUUAGGGGAACACGCAGCUUCCCUGGUAGCUACCACCCUUGGUAUGAUGUCCAUUGCCACCAAUCGUGGCCCUUCAGAGAUGUCUCACUGAAGGUGGAUGGAUGGUUAUUAGAAUGGUGGUUGUGUAGUGAAAGGCCCCUAACCAAAUGUAUCAAAUGUCAAUUGAGACUCAAAUGCCAAUUGAGACUGGAGCCUUGGAGUGAAGAGCUGAGGAACCCUAACCAAAUCUAAUCUAUACUCACUCAAGUCUAAUACAGACCACGGUCAGUCAGAGUGAAUAUACAUUGGAGAACCUGAGAUUCCUAAUUUCAUCAGAACAGCUGCAAUGAAUCAUCUAUAUCCAUAGAGAUCCAUGUUGGGGACACACCUGUCCAUGCCUUUGAUAACUCUUGAGUAUUCAAUCAGAGUGGUGCUACCUCUGAAGUUGAUGUUAAAUACAUGUUUGAUUAGAGGAAGCUUCUGUGACAGUCAAAUGAUAGAAACAAUAGUGUUGGAGAGAAACUAAUGAAAGUGAAUAGCUGUGUGGAUGAUUCAUCUGCUUUGAUCAUGUUUAUGACCCAUCACUAUCGGUAAUGAGUGAUAACUACUGAGCUAGCACACAGAAAAGUUUGUUCAAUAUUAGAUGCUACGUUUUCUAUGUUGUGUCAUGACUUUUGGCUCUCUCUCUGCUCUGUGGGUUAUUAUGUGGUGCCACAAUGUAGCUCGUCUUUUGACAGCCUGUUUGUAAAGUACAUAUUGUACAAAACUACAUGUUCAACAUAGUUUGGACUGUCCUGUUCAGCAGUGUCUGACUUGGUAUCUUGUAACAAGAUUAUUAUCUGUUGGUUUAUCAGAUAAAAUAACUGAACUUAAAGUCAAAUUUUAUGCCUUUUUUGCAGGUUGUUUGUUUGUAAUACUGUUCAAUCCUUUAACCUAUAGGUCAUUGUCACAUUCCCCUCAGGGUACCCUUUGAUUUUGUUGCCCAUCUCGCGCAACACGCCUUUUAACAAUACAUGUCUAAUUGCAUGUCUGGUCUUCACACAGUACCAAUUGUCACACAUUGUAAGUACAGUCUAAAGACUUAUGUACUAAAAGGGUAAAAAAAAAGGGGUCUUGUCAAACGAGAGGCCCAGUGAAGUUUUGGCCAUAGUGUACAUAUUUUUGUUGUUGGUCUGUUCAACAUCAUGCAGAGAACAGAAGACAGUAAUUUCCUCAAAGCACUGCCUGUAUCUGAAUAUUUGGAGUUGUAUAAUAAAGCAAAUUAAUCUCUAACGA